AUGGCCGCAACUCUGGCCAACCUGCAAGCUCAGCAGAAUCAGCUGCCACCACCACCUCCACCUCAGCCAAGGGACAAGCACAGGGAGUUCAUGAGCCACAGACCUCCUACAUAUUCUCAUUCAGCUGAUCCACUUCAAGCUGAUGAUUGGCUUAAGGCAGUUGAGAAGAUGCUGGACAUUACUCAGUGCAAUGAUACAGAAAAGGUCGUGUAUGCUUCCGGCAGACUUGAGGGAUCUGUAGCUGAUUGGUGGGAUUCAUAUACUGCUGCACAUGCCAAUCCUGCCACCAUCACCUGGAUAGAGUUCAGGGAUCACUUCAGAUCUCAUCAUAUCCCAGCUGGAGUGAUCAAGCUCAAGAAGAAGGAGUUACUCGGUCUGAUACAAGGGAGCAUGACUGUGAGUGAGUACCGUGACAAGUUCCUUCAGUUGUCGCGGUAUGCUCCUGAGGAGGUAGCUCAAGAUGAGAAGAAGCAGGAGCUGUUCUUGGAAGGUCAAUUUGCCAACAACUGCCCAAAGAAAGCUGCACAGAACAAUUCAGGGCAAUUCAAUAACAAUGGUCAGAGGCAGAAUCAGCAGCAGCAACAGCAGCCUCGCAAUGGGAACCAGAAUCAGCAGGCCAAUAGAAGGCAGCAGAACUAUGCACGUGGGAGGGUGAACCACGUGACAGCUGAGAGCGCUCAGGAAGCUCAAGAUGUGGUGAUUGAGUCAAGAGGUAUUGAUGUGAUAUUGGGGAUGGAUUGGUUGGUCAAGAGUGAUGGGAUAAUUCAGUGUGCCAAGAGAUCAGUGUUAAUGACCAGUCCACAGGGAGACAAAGUUGAGUUUGUAGCAAUCUUGCCAUCAGCAGAACAUUGUGGGGUUAAUCAGCUAGAAGGCACCAGAUUGGAUGAUAUUAGAGUUGUGUGCGAGUUUCCGGAUGUCUUCCCAGAUGAUUUGCCAGAUUUAUUUGAUAAGUUGAGAGGUGCCAGAGUAUUUUCUAAGAUUGAUUUGAGGUUGACUAGUGCUCCAGCUUACUUUAUGUACUUGAUGAAUAAGGUAUUUAUGGAAUAUCUGGAUAAGUUUGUAGUGGUAUUUAUUGAUGAUAUUCUGUUGAAUGAAGUAUCUUUUCUUGGCCAUGUUAUCACUGAUGGAGGUAUUGCAGUGGAUCCAGGAAAGGUUAGAGAUGUGCUAGAUUGGGAGCCGCCUCAGACUGUGUCAGAAAUCAGGAGUUUCUUGGGAUUAGCUAGAUAUUAUCGCAGAUUCAUUGAGAAUUUCUCCAAAAUUGCAAAGCCUCUUACAUCACUCUUGGAGAAAGGAAAGAAUUUCAAAUGGACAGAUGAUUGUCAGAACAGCUUUGAUGAAUUGAAGAAGAGAUUGACUACAUCACCAGUGUUAGCGAUGCCUGAUAUCCACAAGAACUUUGAUAUAUAUUGUGAUGCAUCUCGUCAGGGUCUUGGUUGUGUGCUUAUGUAG